GUCUUCUAACUUCUUCUCCCAAAACCCAAAACCCCCCAUUUUCUUCUUCUUCUUUACCAUUUUUCUAUAAAUAACCCCCAACCCCUCUUCUCUUUCAAUUUCAACCCCCACGAUUCUAUUCCUCACACGCUCUCUCUCCAAUUUACAAACCCAACCUCCUCCUCCUCCUGCUUCUUCUUCAAUGGAGGAUUACUACUACCGGAGAAACUACAUUCCCAGCUUCGGUAACUGGGAAUGGAACGACCAUCUCCCUUUCUCCCACUGCUUCGAAUCUUCUAGAAUCGCGGGUUUCCCUCACGACACCGAUCUCUACGUCGCCGGCGAUCUCUACGAAAAUGACGUCGUUACCCCCGCGAUGAUCGUCGUCCCUCGCCCCAGGAGGAAGCGUGACAGACAGGGGAAGCAAUCAAAGAAGGAAAACUGGGGAAGCCCAGGUAAUGGAAUGGUUCAUCAUUAUUCAACAAAGCCAAUGGCAAUACCAAAGCCAGUUGAUGAAGAUUUGUAUAAAAUUUCCCCUGACCUCCUUGCUGCCAAGUCCAAAAAGAAAAGAGGGCUGAGCUACAUAACAAAUUGCUUUGUGCCAACUUGUUUGAUUUAAUGAAGAAGAAGAAGAAGAAUGAAGGAUAAAAGAAGAUGAAGAUGAAGAUGAAAUUAAUGGGACAAUGAAAUGAAUGUAUAUUUUUUCUCAUCAAAGAAAGAGACAGAGAGGCCAAAUAGUACAUAAUCUUUUGGGAUGUUUGGUUAUCAAAUUCAUGAUCAUAUAUAUAUAUAUAUAUAUAUAUAUAUAUAUUUAUCACCAAAAAAAAAAAAAAAGAAUGAAUUAUCAUAGAGAGGUGUUAAUUUUUAAUUUGUAUUUUUGAGAGUGUGUGUGUUUUUUUUUUUAAAAAAAAGAAUUAGAGGGGAGAAUUAUUUGUACAAGGGUUCUCCCAUUUGGUUACUAUGUUUAAUUUAUUUAGGGUUUGGAUGUGUAAUGAAUAUAUUCUAUAUUUGAAAGUAAAAGACCACCAACUUUAUUGGGCCUUCCAUUUCAUUUUCA